AAAUAGCAAUGCAGUCAGCAACAAUACUUGCAGAGGAGAAUAAGAAGCUACGUGUAGAAGUCCAGCGUCAACGACGAAAGCAGACUCAGCAGCUUCAACAGGCUCAGCAGAUGGCUGCAGAAGCAGAAAGGGUGGUGAUGGAGGCUAGCCAGAGCCAGGCUGGUGAGCGACGUCAGCGCGCGCCGCCGACGUGUACGAAGUGCCACGUUCAAGGACACACUCAGAUCUCAUGUAAAUCUAUCUAAAGAAUAAUAUCUCUUAAUUUUAUUUUAUUCUACUGCGUUGUUGUAGAGCAGUUGCGCAGA